ACAUCAGUUAUAUCAUCAUUUUAAAUAAAAUAAAAUUGACAAGCGUUUCGUGGUCGGAAGUGACCGGUUGUCGAUGUAUAUACUAUAGGGGGGGGAGCAGUACACUUCCUUUUCAUCUGUGGUCGCCAUCGUUGGAGCACCGUGGUCUCCUGAGAAAAAUGGCUUGCGCCCGACCGCUGAUAUCGGUUUACUCCGAGAAAGGAGAGGCCUCAGGCAAAAAUGUGGUUAUGCCUGCUGUUUUCAAGGCGCCCAUCCGCCCGGACAUUGUGAACUUUGUUCACACCAACAUGCGCAAGAACAGCCGUCAGCCCUAUGCUGUCAGCGAACUGGCCGGUCACCAGACCAGCGCAGAGUCCUGGGGCACGGGCCGGGCCGUGGCCCGUAUCCCCCGCGUGCGCGGCGGCGGCACCCAUCGCUCCGGCCAGGGGGCCUUCGGAAACAUGUGUCGCGGAGGACGAAUGUUUGCCCCCACCAAAACAUGGCGUCGCUGGCACCGAAGAAUCAACACCACACAGAAACGCUAUGCCAUCUGCUCUGCCCUCGCUGCCUCUGCCCUCCCCGCCCUGGUCAUGUCGAAAGGGCACCGUAUUGAGGAGAUUCCAGAGGUCCCCCUGGUGGUGGACAACAAGGUUGAGGGAUACAAGAAGACAAAGGAGGCAGUGUUGUUGCUGAAGAAGCUGAAAGCCUGGAACGACAUCAAGAAAGUAUACGCUUCUCAGCGAAUGCGGGCUGGUAAGGGUAAGAUGAGGAAUCGCAGACGUAUUCAACGCAGGGGGCCCUGCAUAAUAUACAACGAAGACAGUGGCGUUACGAAGGCCUUCAGAAACAUUCCCGGCAUCACCCUUCAGAACGUGAACAAACUCAACCUCCUCCGCCUCGCCCCCGGCGGCCACGUCGGCCGCUUCUGCAUUUGGACAGAGGGCGCCUUCAACAAGCUAGACGAACUGUAUGGCACCUGGCGCAAGGCGUCCACCCUCAAAAAGGAAUACAACCUGCCAAUGCACAAGAUGACCAACACAGACCUAAGCAGAAUUCUCAAGAGCCCAGAAAUACAGAAAGCUCUACGUGCUCCAAAUAAGAAGAUCAGCCGUAGAGUGCUUAAGAAGAAUCCUCUGAAUAACCUGAGGGUCAUGAUGAAGCUCAACCCCUACGCAAAGACAGCACGGCGACACGCCAUCUUGUUGCAUGACCCGAACAUCCAAGCCAAGAUGCUGAAAUCCAAGAAGAAGAAGAAGAGGCCAUCUAAGCCAGUGGUGGUGCCUCCUCCUGAGCCUAAGCCCAAGAAGGCCAAGAAGGCCAAGAAGCCAAAGGCUGUGAAACGCCCAGCCCCAGUAGAGCCAACUGUAGAAGAGGAGGUAGCCAUGGAGGAGGUGCCAGCAGCUAAGAUGCCCUUACUGGAGAUGCCUGUGGCUGAAGAGCCAGAGGUGGAGGCACCGGUAGUGGAACCAUCCGAGGAGGAGAAACCUGCUGAGGAGGAACCUGAGGAAGAAAUGCCUAUAAUGGAGACUCCUGCAGAUGAGGAACUGCUGGCAGAGGUGACCGCAACAGAGGCUGAGCCUGAAGCUUUGGCUGAGAGCCCAGUACCUGAUGCACUUGCCGCUGAGGCUGAGGUGACCCAGGUGGAGGCACUAGAAGCCGAGAUUCCUGAGGCUGACAUGGCUGAGGUUGAGGCACCAAAAGCUGAAGCUCCCGAGGCUGAGGCUGAGGCCGAGGAUGAGGUGACCCAGGUUGAGGCAGUAGAAGCCGAGAUCCUCGAGGCUGAGGUGGCCGAGGUUGAAGCAACAAAAGCUGAGGAUUCUGAUGCUGAGGUUGAGGUGACCCAAAUUGAGACACUCGAAGCUGAGGUUCCUGAGACUGAGGUUGAGGUGACCCAAAUUGAGGCACUUGAAGCUGAGGUUCCCGAGGCUGAGGUUGAGGUGACCCAAAUUGAGGAACUCGAAGCCAGGAUUCCGGAGGCUGAGGUUGAGGCACCAGAAGCUGAGCUUUCUGAGGCAGUGUUGGCGGAGGCUGAGGCACCGGAAGCUGAGUUGACCCAGGUCGAGGCACUAGAGGCCAAGAUUCCUGAGGCUGAGGCACCAGAAGCUGAAAUUCCUGAGCCGGUGGUGACUGAGGUUGAGGCACCGGAAGCGGAGAUUUCUGAGGCGGUGGUGACUGAGGUCGAGGCACCAGAGACUGAGGUCGAGGCACCAGAAGCUGAGGUGACUGAGGCACCUGAAGCUGAGAUCGCAGCAGCAGAGAUGCCUAAGGAUGAGAUGAUUGUAACAGCACCUGAAGAGGCAGAGGAACUUGCAGCAGAGGUACCUGAAGCUGAGGCCAUUGCAACUGAAGUUCCUGUAGUGGAGGCAGUCGAGACUGAGAUGCCGGUAACUGACGCAGUAGAACCCGACGUGCAGGAAACUGAGGCUGUCGAGGCACAGAUACCAGCAGUGGAGAUGCCUGUAACCGAGGCCGAGGCACCAGCCAUGGAAGUCCCUAUGCCUGAGGCGGUUGAACCAGAGAUCCCAGCCAUGGAGGUUCCUGUAACUGAAGCGGUUGAGUCUGAGGCACCUGUAACAGAGGUUCUGGAUGCAGAGCAACCACCCAUGGAGAUGCCUGUAGCUGAGGCAGUGAUUCCAGCGGCUGAGAUCCCUGCAGAAGAGGCACCAGAGGCUGUUGAGACCGCAGCUGUUGAGGCACCAGCUCUGGAGGAAUUUGAGGAUGUCACCUACACUGCUAAGAUGCUCCCAGUUGAGACGGUGGAAAUGGAGACCCCUGCUCCCGAGGUUUUGGCAGUGGAGACACCGGUCGCAGUGGAGGUGCCCGCAGAACAAAUUCCAGCAGUGGAGACGCCUGCAGCCGAGGUGCACGCCGCAGAGGUGGCAGAAGUUGAGAUGCUGGAGGCCGAAAUGCCUGCGGUGCAAGUGCCUCAGGACGAGGACGAGAAGAUGGAAGUGGAGGCGCCCGAGGCUGAAAAGUAAAAAGCCAUUUUCAUAGUUUCUUUUCCAAAAUGGUAUUCAAAUAAAUUCCAUUUUAAAACGGAAUUCAAAUAAAUUCCAUUUUAAAACAA